AGUCAUGGAUUCUAUGUACAAAGCACCUAUAGUUCUCGAAGCACUUGUCAAACCCUCUAAAGGAACUGUCAUACUCAUUCAUGGUCUGGGUGAUUCCGGUGCUGGGUGGUUACCUACCGCUAAGCAAAUUCAAAGGGCCAUUCCCAGCGCAAAGUUCAUUCUUCCUAACGCACCAAACGCACCCGUCACCAUGAACAUGGGGAUGGUCAUGCCGUCUUGGUACGACAUCCUCACUCUAGAAGAUAAGGCCAAGCAAGACUUCAACGGAUUAGAAAAAUCCAAAGCUUAUUUUCUGUCACUGAUCAAAGCCGAAGCCGACUCGGGGGUUCAGUCUGAAAAAAUUAUCCUAAUGGGCUUCAGCCAAGGCGGUGCUUGCUCUCUGUACACCGGGUAUUCAUGUCCCUAUAAACUAGGUGGCAUUGUGUCUCUCUCGGGAUACCUCCCUAUCGCAGAAAGAUUCCAUGAAAGACUCGACAAGACAAACAUCAACACACCGUUCUUGCUGUGCCAUGGGCUAGUUGACGAUCUCAUCAAGACUCGCUGGUCCAGAGAAAGCUCUGAAAUUCUCAAAAAUGCGGGGAUCCCAGGCGAGUUGCGAUUUUAUAAGAACCUCGGCCACUUUACGUCGGAGGAAGAAAUCAGCGAUGUUACUGGCUGGCUACGAAAUCGAAUCGAAUCCUGAUCGAUAUACAAAUGUA